AUGGGAAGACUACUCCUUUCUUCUAGCCAGGUGGGUGUUAUCCUGUCGGCAACAAUUGUUCUACUCUUCACACUUGCACUCUUCCUUUCUGGGUGGGUAUUACAACAGCGAUACGUACAUUCUCUACAGGCCGCCAUAAAACCGCGGCUACCCAAGCCUUUACCGCCUCCGAAGCCGAUAGAACCUCCAACAUUAGACGCAAAAUGGGCAAGACCGAUGGGCGGCCGACCCGAGGUGGACGAUACCUAUGCGCAAUACAUUGCAGGGCAAACAAUGGACUGGAGCAGGCUGGGUUACGUGCAGGUGGUGAGGGAGCAUGUGGAACUAUGCAGUGCAGUGAUGCUGCUCUCUGACCUGCACAGGAUGAAGAGCCCCGCCAAAAGAAUACUGAUGUUUCCCAAACUAUGGUUGGUGGAGUCAGAUGACGAGAAAUACGGUCCGGAAAUGUCGACCACAAGGCGACUGCUGAGGACAGCGGCGAGGCGGUACGGUGUCACCCUCAUGCCGAUGGAGCCAAUUGUGGAAGGCGCAGAUGACACACUGCCCUCUUCUUACUCGCUAGCAAGCUUGUAUUCACUGGUCGACUACGAGCGCAUACUCUAUCUCCAAGGCCCAGGCGUACUGCUCGAUGCAUCAGCUUUGGACUCGUUGCUGGCUUUCUCCAAGUCAGAACCCAUGGCUGCAUACCCCGCUACACCAGAGCGAACAGACAUGUCGACGUCUCUUCUGAUGAUACACCCGUCGCAACAAAGCUUCAACCAGCUGAGAACAAUGCGCGCAUCGAAACCUACUUCCGACUUGAACAUGUUCCGGAAAACUUUCACAGUCCCAGACUCGUUAAUCUCCGAAUGGUCACUGUCAAUGGGCAACGUCGUCUACGAGUCGCAAAACCUGCGCAAUGUCGUCGACGACUUCAACGCGACAGCAUUUGAGAAAAUGACCACAUUCGUGAGACUGUCAGAUCCCGAAAUACCAGGACCAGAGUACGACGUCCCGUACUCGGAACGCGCUAAGCUACGACCGCAGAACGAACAAGCACAAGAGGCAUGGAGCAACCUCUAUGAAAGAUUCCGGCAACGACGCAUGGAAGUGUGCGGCCUUGACCUGGAGACGUACCAGCCGAUCGUGGUCUCUGGUGGGGCUGGUGAAACGAACGUGGUGGAUGAUGAACUAUGA